ACCCGAAAAAGCUUAUUCUCGGUUACAAACUUGGGAUGUUGGCAUUGACCUGUUUCUUGAGUAUCAUCCUCAUGCUUAGGUAUUGAUUAUAGUUACAUAACCUCCACGUUUUGUUACUUCCAAUUUACCUCCAAAUAAAUACUGGGUUCCCGUCAGCUUUUACAGGUUGUAAUUGCACUAGUCGUUCUUUCAAGACACCUCUUCGACACCUACCUAUUCCUCCAAAGUCUGAGUUAUCGCAGUGCGUUGGGCAUUCAACAUGCCGCCACUGCCGUCACCUACGCAUUUUCUGUGCCUGCCACUUGUUACCAGGGCGUCUCGCCAUCAACUUUCAACGAGUCUAUCAGCUUUUGGUGCAGAUGUGACCAGCCCAGAUAGCUUUGCCAUACCUGAGCAAGCCGUCCGACCGCUCGGUACGCUUCACUUGACAAUUGGCGUCAUGAGCUUCCCAAAGGACGAAGGCCUCGAGAAAGCUGUGACAUUACUAAAGACGUUGGUACCCAAAAGCAUAUUGGCCAGCAUCAAAGCCGCUGAAGUCACUUCAGCCGCCGCAAAUUCAGCUCGAGAACCUGAUGGCACAACGAAAGAACCGAGUGGAUCGCCGCCACCUUUGCUGUCUUUAACACUGAGAGGCCUACACUCGAUGCAACCGUCGGCGUCUAAAGCGUCGGUACUUUAUGCAUCACCAAGUGACCCUGAAGGACACCUGCAGCGAUUUUGUGAGAACUUGCGGUCGACUUUUCAGGAGGCGGGACUAAUGGCCGUGGAAAAUCGUCCACUACUACUACACGCUACCAUCCUAAACACAAUUUACGUUAAUAAGGGAAGGAAAAGGGGGCGCAAGCUGCUGAUCGACGCGAGUGGGAUACUAGAUCGAUACGGUGACUUCGUAUGGAUGGAAGAUAUGCCGGUAGAGAAGAUUGCAAUUUGCAAGAUGGGCGCAAAGAAGCAAGAAGACGGGGAUGAAGCAUAUGAAAUCGAAGCAGAAAUCGAUAUCGCUUAACGUUUCAAUACCUACAUUAGCUGUCUAUUACCACCAUUCUUAAAUUAUUCAUUCUGGGCUUGACAAUUAACAUUGGAAGUAUGUGGUUGAACCGGAGGUACAUGUACUUACUGUACGGGUUGUACAAGUACGUAGACCCGAAUUAAAGCCGCCAAUAACCCAC